AUCAAUAGAGCAACUAUCCCAUGUUACUGGGAAAAUCAACCUGGAGGCUGUCGUAAACCUCACUGUGUAUUCCUGCAUCAGAAAGUCAGAUCAAAUAUUCAUAGUGUGGUUGAAAAUCAAAAACUGAUUUUACCUGUCUCUACGAAUGUUCAGACAGUUACUAUUACUAAAGUACUGGAAACAAAAGAUCCAGCAAAAAAUGAUGAAAUUACAGUGGAAGGUGUAUCAAAUGGUACAGAAGACAGAAACUUGAAUCCAUCUUCUCAACCAGUUGAGCCUUUUGUUGUUACAUUUGACGAAUGUGAAGAAUCUGAUAGUGAAUCUGUUUCAAGUACACCAGUGAAGCUCUCUUUUUCAGAAACAAAAUACAUGCGAUCCAGUUCAUGUAAGCUUAAUCUUUCUUCAACAUUUUCAGCGAAAUCUGAAGAAAGAGAUUUGGGAAUUAAAACAUUGGAACAAAUACGUAUGGAAAAGAUUCACAAAGAAUCGGAACAUUUUUAUAAAUCUGAUGAUUCUUCUGGUAAAGUAAAUGCCAAUAAAACUGUUGAGGUUAGCAAAAAGGCUUCUUUGCUCAACAAUACAAACUUUUGCUACUCAGCAUAUGAUAUUCCAGCAUUAGAUCCGUCUCAUAUAAAAAUUAAACCGGAUAUUAGUCCAUACAGUAAGCAAGAAUGUUAUCCACCAGAUACUGGAUCAGCAGCUACUGUUAAUGAUUCUGCAUUACAUGCAACUGAAUCUGAAAGAGAUUUAAGAGGCAGGUUGCUAAAAAAAAGGGCAAUGCCCUCAAGUGCUGAAAAAUCUGCAUUGCCUUUAAGUGCUGAAAAACGUACAAUACCUUCAAGUGCUGAAAAACGUGCAGCUCCCUCAAGUCUCGAAAAAGAACGGCCAGCAAAGCGAGUUAUCAGUCUUAAGAAGAAUAAUAGUCAGGUUAACGAUUCAUUGGACUUUAAAAUUAAGACCUUGGAUGAAAUUCGUCGUGAAAGAGAAAAUAAAAUAUUGUCUGGAAAUCAAGAAGAAAAUCUUGACUCAUCUGAUGUACUUAAUUCUUCAAAUUUACGUGCAGAAGAAAACAAUUCAUCAAGUCUUAGUGCUGUACAGAAGUCACUUGGAAAACCCAGAAUUAAGAGGCAACCCAAAGAAACUUACUCAAAGCCUAAUGUUGUUAAUGAUGUUGAAGUGCGAGAAGAUCCGAGCUUGAAAACUGGAGAUCGCUCUCAAAUGGUUCUUCAUGAAGUUCAAAAUAUAUCAGAGGACCAACCUAAAUUGAAGAAUGUUAAUGAUGGAAAACUAACAUUGCCUUCAAAAGGGAAGAGAAAAGAAGUUGACGAUAGUGAAUCAGAGAGAAGCCAUAAAGUAAUGAAAGUUGAAACAACAGUAUUAAAUUCAAAUUCUAAUGGUUCAACUUAUACCAAAGAAAUCAAAAAUAAAAAAAAUGAAGAUAAUCAAGUAAAGAAAACUUGCCGUCCUGUCAUAAAACGCAGUACCAUACCAUCUCCUCAUUUAACAUCUGUGUCAUCACCGCCAAAAUCAACUGUAUCUCAUAAUACUGAAGAUACUACUGCUGGCCAGUUGAGCUCAGGAGCAAAUAGUGUAAAGCCUGAAUCAGAAAGUGUAACUUCGUCAAAGGAUGGAGUUUGUACUGUAACCUCAACUACUUCUGCUGAAAAAGAAACAGAGCAAAGGACAACUGUUCGAUCUUCAUCUGUUGAUGAAUUUGUUAACUUAUUCCUCAAUGACUCUGAUAUGAAUCUGGAAGAGGUUGAUGAUACAAUGGAAGGAGGAGCAGAAGAUAUAUUACUAAAAAUUGAACAACUGCUAGAGAGUUAAUAUUUUUUGUAAAUCUUCAGGGUUGUGCAAUCUUUAAUAAUACCACCAUAGUUCUUAUCAGAGCUGUUUUCCCAUCAGCACAUCAUGUUUUGUUGUUUACCCGAAAAAGAUUGCUUCUAUUUUUUCAAUCAUGAAAAUCAGCAAGACCUAUAUGUAGAGGUUUGAUUUUGAUUGUCGUAUUUUUAUUAUUACAUACAUGUUUUAAUGUAUGAAGAAUCUUGAGCUAUUUUUGUACUCUUUGUAUAAAUUAUUGUUGAUUAUACAAAAAAUUUGCAACUUUUAAUUAAUGUGACAAUGUAUAUUCUCAUGGUGUUUAAUUUUUUGUUCCCUUUAUUUUGGGGGGGGAGUGUGUUAAGAGCAUUCCUGAAUUUCAACAUGUGGAUGUGUCUUUGAGUUUUAUUUUCGUAUCUAUAUCACUUUGUCAUUGCUUAAUGCUGUUACGUGUAUCCUAGUACCACAAUGAAAGAAAGCAUCUUUUUCUUGAAAUAAUUUAGCAAUUUAUCUAUGGACUGUAAUGAAGCUCCAAAUUAUUGAUAUGUAUAUUAAUGUAUUAAUUUUGAUGUGUUUAUAAUGCAGGUGUAAAUAAUGUAGGGCUUAUUUUCACUUUACAAUGUGCACUUUUGUGAUAAAUUUCAUUAUCCAAAGUAAUAGCAUGGAAAACAUAUAACUUGUCCCCUUGUUAUAUUAUAUAAAAAUUAUAAUCUUGGAAUGCAAUUGUGUUGUUUCAAGGAAUGAGAAUUUUUAUGUUUAAUUUUAACCUGCAAAGGACAUGGUAAAUUAAGCCUUCUGUAGUUCUUUUAAUAAGCCAUUAUAAUGUGUCGAGUAAAAGUACACUUUAAAAAAUAUGAACUUAAUAUGUGUUCCUACCUUUUAAUAUUUAUAUUUAUGAGUAUGUCUUUUGUUUAGCUCAUAAACAUAUUUUAUUUUGAAGGAAAAAAAGGGUGUGUUUAUCUGUAAUUCAAAUCAUCAGAAUGUUUGCUUUUUUCAAAGUCAGUUUUUGAAAUUUCUCAUUGAAAGGGGAACAGAAAGCAGUUUAUUUAAUUUAGUACCCAUAAUUGGGCAAAAUUGUUAAACUGGUUGAAAGUCAUUGAAUGAUUAUGACAGUUUAUGUUCUGAACAUUAGUAAAAGUCACAUCUUUAAUGAAAAUGAAAUUUACUUAUCGUAAAAAAUUAAGUACAUGUGUAAGAGGUAUUUCUAACUAGUAUUGAACAAUGUAUGUGAAAAUGUCAGAUGUACUUAAUUCACUACAAAGAUUUUGUUUUGUUUAUCAUUUGUCUUAUUUUAAGCAUCUUGUAUGCAUUAUUUUUAUCAACAAAAUAUUUAUUUAAGUAACCUUCAUGUAUACAUGAAAUGCUGUGAAAAGUGAAUCAUUCAGUUUGAAUUUUGUGUCAAAUUGCAAUCAGACUUAUGUGGAAGAUGUUUAUUCUGAAUAAUCUGAUGCUUCUAGAUCUGAAAAGUGUUAAUUCUUUCAAUAUUUGGAAUUAGUUUUGGUAUAUAUAUAUAUAUAUAUAUAUAUAUAUAUAUUAUAUAUGUUGAGAAAGCCAAAAUAAUGCAGUUGUUGAAGGUGAAAAUUGUUAACCAGUUUUAUAUAACAACUGUGUAAAUUGAUUAGAAAAAAUUACCAUUUUAAAAUGGAAAUCAAAUUUAUAAUUGUAACAUUAUAUAAUAAUGUGGCUCUUAAAGGUGCUGAAACUUAACAUGAGUAAUUCAAGAGAGAUUCAACAUGCUGCAUACAAAGCUUAAAGCUCAAGCACAUACAAGAAUGUUUGUGUGGAAAAUUUGUCACUCUUCUCACAUAUAGAAAUUUCCAAGGAAUUACUGUUAUGUACCAACUUUACUAAAUUGUUACAUGAUAUGUAUCUAGGAACAUAGAUUACAAAUUCUAUCCUGUAAUCAUAGUGAAAAAUCAAAGAAAGUAAAAUACUGGUGUAAUUAAUAUAAAGUAUUACUGAAGUUUCCUUUACCCCUUAAUCUGAUGCACAGAAUUUUUGCUAUUCAAGGCUAUUCAACAUUUUAAUAUUUUAAAUCUGAUCAUUUACUAAUCAUACAUAGGUAUGCCAAAAAAAAAAAAAAAAAAAAAAAAAAAAAAAAAAAACAAAUUGUAUGAAGACUGUUGCUAUGCCUUAGAAGCUCUGUUCAGUGCUUUCAAAUAAGAAUGUGUGCACUGUUGGUGCAACCAUCAAUUCAGUGUAUAUUGAUACCACCAUUUAGUGACAUUUAGUUAACUGAAUAUUUAACUUUACAUUAUGUCUGUUCUGAAUUAGUGUUACGAAUUAUUCUUAUUUUAUGACUUCAGAUUGCCUGCCAUCCAGAUCUGAAAACUUAUUUUUCUUGUCUUCAGUAUUUUGCUGUAUGAACAGAUUUUAAAUGUUCAUUUUGAGACAAGAGAUUCAAUUUAUGUUCAAAGUUAUGGUCUCAAGUUGCUGACUGUGAUGUGUUUGUAAAAGCAAAAUAUGCUUUUUGUGAAAAUAUUUGCUGAAUGUUCAAGACAUGAAUUUGUUAGUUAAACAAGUGAAUCUUGCUGGUGAUUUUAAGAACAAAUUGGCAAUGUCAUCAUCUUAAGUUGCAAACUGGAAGCCUGUUCAUGAAGACAGAGUGGACUUCAUCUGCUCAUAAUCAUCAAGUAUUUUUGUAUGAGAUUAAGCCAUGGUCAUGACUUUAAGCUAUAAUGUUUCUGAAGAAAGAAUAUAUUUCUUAUUCUUAGUGUUUCACUAAGAGAUCAAUGCGAAAUUAUAAGAAGAGAGAGACAAUUAGUUAUAUUGUAUGAUCAAGGCAUGAUCGUGAACUUGAGCUGAAAACAUCUUAUUUUCAAGAGGAAAUUUUCUUCUUAUUCUUUGUGUUUAUUCAUAUGACCAAGAUAGGCUUAUUGCCAGAUAAGAGAGAUAUAUUUGCAUAUAUGAUACACGAUCAAGGCAUGCAAGUUUCUAACUAUCCUGUUUGUAAAGUCAGAAAAUUCAGUAUUUAACUCAAUAUGUGAGUUUGUCAUGAGAUAGAAGUUACACAUUCUUUUGUGUAUUCAAAGUUAUAUCAUGAGCUUAAAUUGCAGAGUAUUCUAUUUGUGAAGGAGUGUGCUUUUUCAUUUUUAGUGUUUUCUGUGUGAUGAAGACAUAAUCUUAAGUUUCAAGACUUUUUUGCGUAUGGAUCCAGAAUGCAAUCUUUGUGUUCAGCACUGACUAAUCAAGAUGAAAAUUAAUAACGAGACAAAAAUAAUUUCUGUGUGGUCAAAACAUCAUUAUCAUAAAUUGCCAACUGUAUCUAGUUAUGAAGGUAGAAUGUGCUUCUCAUCUUCAUGUGUCAAGAUCAUCAUCAUGUGCUCAAGAUGUGACUUCAUCGGGAGAUAAAGAGAAAGAUGUGUGAUCAAGGUAUGAUCCUCAUCUUGUGUUGGAGGUGUUAAUGUUUUCAUACAGAUAUUCAUUUACUGUGUGAUAAAGCAUGGCCAUGAUCUUGUGUUUCAGGACAGUAUUUUGCUGUAUGAUCCAGACGUAAGUUUAUUGCAAGACAAGGAAAUAAUUUUUCAGUGGUCAAGACAGUUUAUUACCAUAGAUUGCCAGUUGUAUCUUCAGUGUAAAGUUUGAUUAUACUCCUUCUCUUCAGUAUUUUACAAUUUGAUCAAAACAUGAUUUAACUAAGCCACACAAGGGACAUAUUUGCUAUGUGAUAAAGCAUAAUCAUGAACUUGAAUUUCAAAUGGUAUCACUUUUGGGAAGGUAAAAUGUUCAAAUAAUAUUUUACCUUGAUUUGAAUUACAAAACUUGAGUUCAUCAUGAGGUGGAGAGACAUUUGCCCUGUUCACAAGAUGUGCUGAUGACCUUAAUUUGUCAAACUGUAUCCUGUUUAUGCCAUUGGAGUAGAUUCUUCAUUGUUUUGUUGACUGAGUACAUGAAGAUGGAAUGUUCUUCUUAUCCGUGGUGUUAUGCUAUGUGAUUAGACAAGAUAAUGGUCAUAAGUUGCAAUCUGUUUAUGAAGCUAUAAGAUGUUUCAUGUUCUCAGUAUUUAACUGUGUGAUCAAGAUCCAAAUUCAUUGUGUGACAAGGAAAUAAGUUUUGUGUAGUCAAAACAUCAUACAUAGGUAUGCCAAAAAAAAAAAAACAAAUUGUAUGAAGACUGUUGCUAUGCCUUAGAAGCUCUGUUCAGUGCUUUCAAAUAAGAAUGUGUGCACUGCUGGUGCAACCAUCAAUUCAGUGUAUAUUGAUACCACCAUUUAGUGACAUUUAGUUAACUGAAUAUUUAACUUUACAUUAUGUCUGUUCUGAAUUAGUGUUACGAAUUAUUCUUAUUUUAUGACUUCAGAUUGCCUGCCAUCCAGAUCUGAAAACUUAUUUUUCUUGUCUUCAGUAUUUUGCUGUAUGAACAGAUUUUAAAUGUUCAUUUUGAGACAAGAGUUCCAAUUUAUGUUCAAAGUUAUGGUCUCAAAUGAUAAAAUAUUGCUUGAAUGCUUCACUUUUCAGCUAAGUUGCAUUACAUGGACAUGCAUUACAUUACAUUACCUACAGUUUUCUAUGUAUCCUGCUUGGAAAGGUGGCAUAUACUUUUCAUCUGCAGUAUUUUGCUGUAUAAUCAAGACAAGACUUUAUUAGAAGAUAAGAAAUGUAUUUGUUAUGUGAUUAAAGCAUAGUUUUGUGCUUAAAUCGUGGAAAGACAACAUUAUGGAAUUACUUUUUAUCAAUACAUAAUUGACUUUAAAUUACAGACUCAGUUCUAUUUUUGAAGCCAGAAGUCUUCCAUUGUAAUGAAAAUACGAGUUCAUCAUAAGGCAAAAGAAUAAUUUCUGUUUUUUAAGGCAUGAAUGAAUGUUUCUGAAGUUACAGACUGUAUCCUGGUUAAGAAACUAGAAUGUUUUACUUAAAACAUGCUUUUGUUGUGAGUUUUAAAGAGAUGCAUAGGCAGAUUUAUUGCAAUAAAUCAUAACAUUAUAGCAGAUUUGUUGCAAUAAAUUGUAAUGUUAUAGAAUUACUUGUUAUCAAUACAUGAUUGACUUUUAAGCUGCAGACUUUCAUCUGCCUAUGAAACCAGAAUGUUCUUCAUGUCCUCUGUUUUUUCCAGUGUGAUCACAAUAAGAGUUUAUCAUAAGACAAGAAAAUAAUUUCUGUUGAUAAAGGGUUUUCAUAAGUUACAGACUGUAUCUUGGUUAUGAAGCUAGAAUGUGCUUCUCACCCUCACCUCUCACUAAUUUGCUGUGUGCUCAAAACAUGCCUUCAUUAUGUAUGUCAGAUUUGUUGCAGUAAAGUGUAACAUUAUGGAAUUACUUGUGAUCAGUGCAUGAUGGACUUUAAACUAUAGACUAUGUUCUAUGUGUGAAGUGAGAAUGUUCUUCAUGUUUUCUAUAUUUUCCAGUGUGAUCAAAAUAUGAAAUUAUCAUAGACAUGAAAAUUUUUUCUGUUGAUAAAUGUAUGGAUCUUUCUUAAGUUACAAACUGUAGUCUGGUUAUGAACCUAGAAUGUGCUUUUCAGACUCAAAAUUUUGCUAAGGCAUGCCAUCAUCAUGAGAUAUAAGAAAGGCAUGAUGAAAUUUGUUUCAAUAAAGUGUAAUAUCAAAAUGUGAGUUCAUCAUAAGACAAGAAAAUAAUUUCUGUUGCUAAAGGUGUGGACCUUUUGUAAGUUACAGAUUGUAUCCUGGUAAUGAAACUAGAAUGUGCUCAGCCCCAUUAUUUUGCUGUGGGCCCAAGGCAUGCUUUUAUCACGAGAUAAAAGAGGAGCAUAGGCAAAUUUGUUGUAAUAAAGCAUAACAUUAUGGAAUUACUUGUGGUCAGUGUAAGCUUUAGACCACGUUCUCUUUAUGAAGCCAGAAUGUUCAUAUCCUUUAUAUUUUAAAGUUGAUAAAGGCAUGGACAUUUUUAAAUUAUGGACCGUAUCCCAGUUAUGAAGUAAGACGUGCUUCUCAAUCGGAAUUAAUUUGCUGUGUGGCUAAGACAUGCCUUCAUCAUGAGAUUAAAGAGAUGCAUUUGCUGUGUAAUCAGAACAUGAUUGUGAACUUAAAUUGCAGAAUAUAGUUUUUUUCACUCAGCAUUUGCUUUCUGAUCAAGACAUGAUCCUGAUCUGAAGUUACAAAAGUAUAGUCUAUUUAUGGAUCCAGUUAUGUUUUGUAUCACUAAUUUUCUGUAUAGUGUUUAUCAUGAGACAAGAGAAUAAUUUUUUUGCAGUCAAGACAUGGUCAUUACUAUUAAAUUUUGAUUGCAUUCUGGUUUGGAAGAUUGAAUAUGCUUCACAUCGUCAGUAUUUUGCUACUUGAUCAAGAUAUGAAAUAAUCAUUUUAUGAGAAAACUACAUAAGCGGUGUGAUCAAGACAUGAUCAUGAUCUCGAGUUGAAACUAUAUACUGUUUUUGAAAAUAGAAUGUUAUCUUCUGCUUAGCAACUUAUAAACAAAAUAAAAAUUCAUCAGGAAUUGGAGAGUCAUUAUUCUAUCAUUCAAGCAUAUUCACAAUCUUAAGUUACUGAAUGUGUAUAUAAUAUAGUAAGUUUCUCAUUUCUGUAUUUUCCUUGUGGUCAAAAUUCAAGACCUGAAAUCUUUGAUAGAUUUCCGUGAUUUGAGACAUGAUUAUAAAGUUACGGUUCUGUCUUGUUUAUGACUGAAUGUACAUAUAAUCCUUUAUGUUUUGCUGAGUAAACAAGACAAGGUAAUGAUCUUAAGUUGCAGAUUCUGUUCUGUGUAUGAAACUACAAAGUGCUUCUUAUCAUCUAUCAUGUGACAGGAAAAUAACCUUUGUGUAGUACGUUUUGUAAAUACUCUUUUUGGGAGGAUAGGAUGUGCUCAACAUCUAUAAUAGUAUGCUUCUCAUCUAUAAAGUUUUGCAAUGUAAUCAAGACAGGAUUUGAGAUGAAAGAAGUGUAUUUAUUGUGUGAUCAAAGCAUGGUAGUGAGCCUAAAUUAUAGUCAUAUGCUUCCAGUUCUCAAUAUUUGCGAUUACGCUCGCAGCAAAUUUAAUGCACUAAAAUCUUGUUUAUUAUGUUACAUAAUGGAAUUAUUUAAGAUUAAAACAUGAUAAUGUAAUUAAGCUGUGGACUUGAUUCUGUUAAUGAUGCCAGAAUGUGCUUCAUAUCCUUUGUACUUUUCAGUAUCAUUGAGACAUGACCUUUAAGUUGUAAACCUUAUCCUGAUUGUAAACCUUACCUCUGAUGUGCUCCUCAUUCUUAAUAUUUUGCUGUGUAAUCAAGGUCAUCAUGAAGUUCAAGAUAUGUAUUUGCUAUGUGAUCAACCCACAACUGUGCUUUAACUUGCAAAAAGACAGACUGCUUUCUUAUACUCAGUGUUUGAGCAAGACAUAAUUAUGAUCUAAAGUUCCUGAUUAUUUUUCGCUUGCUGAUAUGAAUGCAUUGAAAUUUUCUACUUGUUUUAUUCAUUAUAUUUUUAUGUAUCGAUAGCAUUUUUAUGCUGAUUUUUAGUGUACUAAUGAUAGUAAUGUCUCAAUGCAAGUGAAAAAACAUUGCGAUUUCUUCAUUUUGUAAGUAUGAUUUGAAAAUCAUUUAUCUUGAAUUAUCGACAUUAUUGACUAGGGUGAGCACUGCUAUCAACAAGCAAGGCCUUCAUUAUUUCCUAUCCCGUAUGGCAAAAAUGUUGAGCAUUUUCUUCUGGUUAAUAUUAUUCUGAUUUUAACCAGCUAAUUUAUGUAAAACAUGUGUUUGGAUAUAAUGCAUUGUCCAACCUAUUGAGAUAAUUACUGCACAUCUGAAUGGCUGUAUUUAAUUUUUCAGUGUGCAAUGAAAAGUAUCUUUCAAGUUGUAGAAUUUUCUCAUUACAAAGAUGUCAUACAUUUGAUUGGAAGAAUAUGCAAAUUUCUUCAACCGCAUACGGAAGUUAUGAUUAUUCUGUUAAGUUUCAGUAUAUAUUAAACAUGCUAAAUUAACAAGAUUAUUUUUCAUAUUGUGCUUAGUAACCUAUGAAUGUUGGGCUGUAGACUGUUUCUGUAGUCAGUUAAUAUGAUGUACCUCAGACCAGCCAAGCUAUAUGAAUAUUUGGUAUAUGGUAUAUAGAGUAUAUAUUAAUACAUUAAUUUUUUUAAAUUCUGAUAUUGUUUUGAUAUACAGCUAAAUACUGCCGCCAUAUCUUGGUCUUCAUUACUUCAUCAUCAUUUACAAGUGGGAUUUGAUUACAACUAUUGACUUUUUCUUAGAUUCCAUAGCAAAUUUUCUAAUAUGCAUAUUCUGCAAGUUUAAACAUAAUUCAAAAUAUUUCUGCACUAGACGGGAAUGAUAAAAUAUUGCUUGAAUGUUUCACUUUUCAGCUAAGUUGCAUUACAUGGACAUGACACACAUAAAGCUCUGUCUUAAUGCAUAAUAUACAUUAAUUUAUCUUUGGCAUAAAGGAAACUUUCAGCAUCAGUGUCAUUGUUUGUUAUUUCAAAUAAAUCAUUUUGUUGAAGCAUCUGUAUUGACAUAAAAUAUGUAGAAAACAUAAUCGUGUUAUUUUCACUUUAAAGGCAAAUCAUUUUCCCAUUAGCUGUGUGGCUACAGGUGUUUUGAACAUGUUUCUUAUUAAAUGCAUCUGACUGUUUCACAUUUAAUAUUUCCUUAUGUAAUAGAGCUAAAUUUUACUCUUAGUAUUUGAUGAAUUCUUUAUGUAAUAUUCCAUAAAGUAUCUGCUACAGUCUUUAGUUGAAGAAUUUUUUUCAUAAUUUAUAAGUAUCUUUAAAGAAAGAUACGACUUAUAAUAGAUAACUCAUUGCCUUACAAAUCUGAUGUGUGUGGGCUUUUUUUAUAUUAAAAUUGCUAAUAUUGUGAAUUUUUAUAAAAUAUUGUCAAAUUACUCUUUUUGAGCAAGCUAAUAGAAAAAGAUGCUAUGUAUUUCCACUUCGUUCUUUUACUGUGCCAUGAUAUUAUUAGCACUGUAGACACUGUCUAUUCAUGUCAAACUUUGUUCAUAAAAUUCAUGCCAGUUUUAUUUCAUGCCUUAUACCUGAACAGCCAUAAAAAUUUAAAUCUAUAAAUAUGAGUUUAAUUAUUAUAUUGUAAAUAGUGUAAAAUUUGUAUUAUAACAUAUUUCAUCAUAUCUGUAUAUAAGAUGCAUAAUAAAAAUACUUGCAUAUA